GGGGGCGGCAGCAGCAGGGGGCCGGGACUACAAGGGGGCGGCCAUUUUUUUAACUGGAGGAGCCAUCGGAGGAGCCGCCAACGGACGAGCGAUUAUUAGAAUAAUUACAGCUGCAGUGUGUGGAAAGCGCGGGAGGGCUGCAGCCUGAUUUGCUCGCCUGCCUGCUCACGUGACUAGGAGAGACGCCGCCCGAUUGAAGUGAGGUCCCCCCAGAAGUUGAGAGCUGGAGAUGCGGGUAGAGUCAGCGCGCGUGGGCUGAGGAGGAGGAAGAGGGAAGGGGACCGAGCGCUCUUGCAAUAAGCGUGGUUCUUCCGUCUUGGAGGAAAGAGCCUGCCAGGGACAGGCUGCAACUCCUGUAACAGCCCAGAUGUCCCAGGAGCGGCAGGUAGGACGACAGGAUGCUCGGAAUCAGAGGGACUGGUCGAGCCUCUUGCAUGAUGAACGGGCUCUCCAAUCUUCCUGUGUCCUUUUCUGUAGGAGAAAGAAGGCUACUUUGGGCAGCUGAAGAAUGAAGUCUCCCCCUUGCUGCAUGUCCCUUUCCUCUGGGGUGUCUGGAGAGGAGCUGGGAGAGAGCACAUCCUUGGGUUCUCUGGCGUCUAGUGUCUUCUGUAGCGAGGAGGAGCCGCAAGUGUUGCUGCAGAAGGUGGCUCCAUCCUUGGACCGUAUCACCAUCAAUGUGGGAGGUGCCCGCUUUGUGCUGUCCCAGCAGAAGCUGUGCUGCUACCCAGACACUCGCCUUGGCAAACUGGCGGUGGUGGUCUCAGCUGCCCGGGAUGUCACUUCCAGUCUCCUGGAUCUCUGCGAUGAUGCCAACUUGGUGGAGAAUGAGUAUUUCUUUGAUCGGAGUUCUCAGGCAUUUCACUACAUCCACAAUUAUUACCAGACCGGCCGGCUGCAUGUCAUGGAUCAACUGUGUGCACUUUCCUUUCUUCAGGAGAUCCAGUACUGGGGGCUGGAUGAGCUGAGCAUUGACUCCUGCUGCAGAGACAGGUACUUCAGACGUAAGGAACUGAGUGAGACCUUGGAUAUUAAAAAAGAUGCUGAAGAACUGGAUGCCCAAGUGGAGGAAGAGGACUUCUCUGGGAGCCUGUGCCCUGGCAUCAGGCAGAAGCUCUGGGAAGUGCUGGAUAAACCUGGGUCUUCCAUUGCUGCCAGGACUUUUGGCACCAUCUCCAUGGCCUUUGUCGUCAUCUCUAUUGCCAACAUGGCCCUGAUCUCAGUGGAACUGAGCUGGCUGCCUUCGCACCUACUAGACAUCCUGGAGUAUGUGUGCAUUGCCUGGUUUACAGGAGAGUUUGCCCUGCGCUUCCUGUGUGCACUGAAUCGGUGCCGCUUCAUGAGGAAUGUAGCGAACAUCAUAGACCUGCUGGCCAUUUUGCCCUUCUACAUCACCCUGCUGGUGGAGAGCUUGCGUGGCAGAGAGAGCUCUCAGGAGCUGGAAAACAUGGGUCGUAUCGUUCAGGUGUUGAGGCUGCUGAGGGCCCUGCGCAUGUUAAAGCUGGGCAGGCAUUCAACAGGUUUGAGGUCCCUUGGGAUGACCAUUGCGCAAUGCUAUGAAGAGGUUGGCAUGCUACUGCUUUUUCUCUCUGUGGGCAUCUCCAUCUUUUCCACCAUGGAGUAUUUUGUCGAGCAAAGUGUGUCUGGCACAACGUUCACAAGUGUGCCCUCCGCUUGGUGGUGGGCUACCACUUCCAUGACAACAGUUGGCUAUGGAGACAUUAGACCAGAGACAACCAUUGGCAAGAUUGUGGCAUUUAUGUGUAUACUAUCAGGAAUCCUGGUCUUGGCUUUGCCGAUAGCCAUCAUCAAUGACCGCUUCUCUGCCUGCUACUUUACACUGAAGAUCAAAGAAGCUGCUCUCCACCAACGCGAAGCUUUAAGGAAGCUCACAAAGAACAUGUGCAGUGACUCCAACAGCAACAUUAACUUAAGAGACAUUUAUGCUCGAAGUGUCAUGGAUGUGUUGAGGCUAAAAGGCCGAGAUAGAACAAGUACAAGGAGCAGUGGUGGGGAUGAGUUUUGGUUUUGAUAUUUUUCUUUUUAAAGGGAGGCCUAAGAACUGACAGCUUUGACAAUAGGUGUUGAACUCAAGGGUGACAAUCCUUCAAUAUUCUCUCCUAAUACAUUUGCUUCAAAGUUGCUGAACAUAUGACAGCUAGCAUAGUCCAAAGGCAUCUUCAAAGAAAACUCUCAGGGUACACUGAUGUGAACUCUUACAAAACUAGACAUUUCCUUGGAACAAAACGGUGGGUCUCUCUGAGUAGGACAAUAGUUCAGAUAUUUGGCUAUCACUCUUUUAAGCUCAUUCAAAUAUGCAAAAAUAAAAUGUUAGCUAAACAAAAA